AGGCGCGCACCGCUGGCCUUCCAGUCUUCCUGGCAGACCCCGCGCAGCGCAAGGUGCUGGAACAAUUCAAAGUGGGCCAGGCCCGCUGUGUGGUGGUGGCCAUGGAAAGCCGGAACCGGACCGAGCAGGUGGCCGCCAGUAUGCGGACCACCUACCCCAACAUGCCCAUGGUGGUCCGGGCCCACGAUGAGCAGCAUGUGAAAUGGCUGGAGGAGACGUUGAAUGUGAAGGCUUUAGUGCCGGAGAUGAUCGCAGUGCGUUUUGGCACUGCGGUCUUUUCGCGGCUGGGCUAUCCGCAGGACGAGGUGAAGGCGGUGAUCCAGGAGCAGAUCACUCUGGAGAUCGCAGAGAUUGGAAGGGAGACCGACCAGGCCAACUCCGUGAAGGGCGCCGCGGAGGAAUCCGCCAAAGGCGACGAAAAAAAGAGCUGAUGACAGGCGACACCGUUCAUCGUUUAUCGCCGGCGCGAUGAAGACACCGUAGCGGCUGAGGGAAAAAAAGAGAGAAAGGUUGGUUCUGGGAAUGGUUUACUUUCUGGUUAUCUCUGGUUAUUUUUUCCAUAGCUAUGGAAAAUGGAUGAGAAU